AAUCGUCGACAUGUCGAUGAUACCAAGUCAUCUCCUAAGAAAGGGAUGGAUAAUACUCAAUAUUAUGUGACUCCUGUCGAUAUAAACAAGGGAGAAGAAUCAGGAGAAUUCACUUUAGAAAAGUUGAUAUUUUUGGCUUCUCUACGAGGUGGUGAUUACUCAAAUGGUGUCGGGAGGAUCGGAAUUAAAUAUGCAAUACUUUUAGCAUUGCCUUCAACCAGUGAAAAUGCCACCGAACUUAAGCAAGAGCUUGCAAAUGAACUUCAAAAAGUAGAAGGAGACGAUUUAGAAGAAGUUCCAGAAGAAAAACCAGUACCUAACUUUGCUGAUGAAUUUGUUGAUUGUUUUACCGAUCGUAUCCGGACCAGUUUGAUUCGUUCCUGGGAUAUGAGAUUAGCAGAAGAUGCAAGGAAACGACGACUUCGCGAAUUUCUGCAUAGACUUAGUUUGUACAUCAGAGACCAUGCUCGAAAGGUUUUCAAACGUCGAUUUAACCUCAAGAAAGAUAUUGUAAUUGAUGAAUAUGCAACCAUGCAUUAUAUGUUCCCAUUUAUUAAUACGAACGUGUUUUUGUUUCAACCCGACAGUCUCAACUGCUGUGAACUUGAAGCCGAUUGUUCAAGUAUUCAGGUACCUAAUAACUUUCUAUUUCAAAAAUUUGAAGCAAAAUCCGAAGAAAACAUCAUUCGUGAAAAUGGCAAUAAAACUUUUGAUCAAGUGCUUUGUUUUAAGGAUGGAAAAAUCAAACAAGUUAUUACAGUGUCUCAAACCCAUCCAGCAGUCACCCACUUUCCUGUUCCUCGCUCAUUUACGGGAAACGUUAAGCAUGUUAUAUUUAGACUCGCAACUGACAAGUCGGUUCCAAUUACAAUCACGAAGGAUAGAAGUGAUGACGAAUUUGAUGAAUGCAGACUAACCUGCGAUGCAACCACAGUAUGUGAACGAAUACCACACUGCAAAGAAGCUAGUAAACCCUUGAAAAAUCUACAAUUUCUGACGUGGGUGCUCAAAUCUUUAGUUUACAUGUAUCUUGAAGAUAUUCACCAGGCUUACGAAAAUGAAAAGCAACAAAAGGAAGAAUUGAAGAAACAAGAAAACACUAG